UAGAUCAUUUUUUGUUAUUCCAAACAACAGUUUAAUUAAUAAAGCUGGACUUAUUGUUGAAAUCCUAAUGGACAGCAUAGAUGUUAUUAAAAAGUUCAGAAGCUUAAUUGUACCUGGAAACACUAUUCACAUUGACGGUGGAUUUAUAAAAAAGAAAGAUGUUGCAAAGUCAAAUAGCAGUACUGAUUUUGAUCUCAAGCUAAUGUCUAAUACGCAAGUCAACUUGAUUAAAGCUGUUCCUGAAUUUAUUCCAGUAAUUAAAAAACAUGGAAAUUUUACUGUGACAACAAUUGAAAACAGUGUAAAGCACCAUGGAAAAAUUGAAAUAAUAGCAUAUAUGAAGCAAAAAAUAGCAAGAUCGUCAACACCAUCUGGAGACAUUAAUCAAGGCUGUCUAUCGGAUUGCAAAUUGUACAAAUUAGAGAUACGAAUGCCAAUUGUAUGUGACAUGAGUUUUCGGUAGGAAGUCAUGUCAGGUUAACAGGUACUAUGAAAAAUAUACAUAAUCAACCAUAUUUGAGGGUAAUGGCAAAAGAAGAUAUUCGUCUGGAAUCUGAUGAAAAGAAAAGUCUUGUGGAAUUAUUAAAAGGUGUCAAAUCCCCAAAACGGAUUUUGCAAGACAUCAAUAACUACAUUCCUACCAAAA